CAACACCAUGACCGCGAUUUCCCUUGCCCUGAUCUUCGUCGUGGUACUUUACACCCUUUGGACCCGCGCUCGGGGAAGAUCCGAGACCAAGGCUCUGCCCCCGGGACCGAAGAAGCUCCUCAUCAUAGGAAACCUGCUUGAGAUACCUUCUACCCGGCCUUGGGUUAUGUUUGCGAAGUGGGCACGUGACUAUGGCUCUGGCGUAAUCCAUAUCUCUGCACCGGGGACGUCGAUCAUCGUCCUGAGCUCGCUUGAGGCGAUGCGCGACUUGUUGGAAAAACGGGGUUCAAGGUAUUCUGACAGAGGGCCAAUGCCUAUGAUGAAAGAUCUCAUUGGCUGGGAUUUCAGUUUUGAUGAUGAAUGGCGUCGGCAACGCAAGCUGCUCCACCGUGAUUUCAGUCUCGCUUCAGUGCAGAAGCUGCGACCUCAGCUCCGAGAUGCGGCGCGCGAACUCAUUCGCGACCUAUCCAAUGACCCUCAGGCCGAGGUCAUGUCGCUCAUGGGACUAUUCACAGCGAGAACGAUCAUCCGGACGUUAUAUGGUCUCGAAGUGCCCCAUCUGAAUCAUGCGUACAUCAAGAACGCGGUCGAUGCCAUACAGGCAGCCUCCGCUGCCGCUGUUCCCGGAGCAUUUCUGGUGGUGAGUCACUUCCCGAUUGAAUCGAAGUUGGAGAAUAACAAUUCCGUCAUCGAAGGAUACCUUCCCGAUCCUGCGGUUCGUUCCUGGGUGGUUCCCAGGCGGGGGAUUUCAGAAGAAAGCAAAGCGUUGGAGGAAGUCGAUCGAAGCUUUGCAGGAUCUUCCUUUCCGGGAAGUCGAACGCCGGGUGUCCGACAGCAAAACAACACCGCCCAGCCAUGUUUUGUGCAGCGACAACUGGCCGAUUGUAAGACUGCGGAGCAGAUACAGUCUCUGAAGGCGGCGGCGGCUUCCAUGUACGCCACCGGCGCCGACACUACGAUAUCCCCGCUGGGCACGUUUGUGCUCGCCAUGAUGGAGCACCCCGAUAUCCAGCGCCACGCGCAAGAUCAGAUUGAUCGUGUCGUAGGGCGCGGGCGUUUGCCGGAUUUUGAAGAUCGCGCGCGGCUGCCCUAUGUCGAUGCGAUUCUGAAAGAACUAUUCCGCUGGAGACCGAGUGGGCCGAUCGGGAUACCCCAUUAUAUCAGUGUAGACGACGAAUAUCGGGGAUAUCAUAUCCCCGCUGGCUCGAAAGUCAUCGCAAAUGUCUGGGGAUUGCUCCAAAAUGAGGAUCUGUUUCCUGAUCCGCACGACUUCAGACCGGAGCGCUUUCUUGUAAACGGGGUCCUGAGGGAAGAUAUCGUUGUGGACCCGGCCGCAAUUAUUUUUGGUUUCGGAAGAAGGUCGAGCGAAACUCGGACGGAUCUGGGGAGACCAGCUGACUGCCAAUCUCUCCCACACAGAUUGUGUCCAGGACAGGCAUUCGCGCUUGAUAGUCUCUGGAUAACGAUCGCCACACUUCUUGCGGCGAUGCAUAUCGAAAAGCCAAGAGACGAGAGCGGGAAUAUCGUCGAGCCCAGUCAUGAAUACUUUUACGGGGUGAAUUCCGUUGCCGUUCAAGUCAAGCAUCACGCCCAGGUUUUCACAGAAUAAUGUGAAGUAAAUACAUAGAUGUUUCUGUCACGUCCUGCCCAUUGCAGUGCCCGUCGUAACUAUUUUCGACUUUUUUGAUGAGACAACGGACGGCAUGCCCUUAUUAGGCCAUCCAUCAAAGCUUAGGCACAGCCCUGUGAAGUGCUUACCACUUCACGCUGACGAAGUGCAGCAGGAUCUCGUUUCUCACUCGGACGACGUCCCUGCGUUUCGUUUCGUGUGCGCACACCCCAUCGACGGCUGCGGUGCGGCUGGAAACCGCAGCACAUGCGCUGGGAGGCUAAAUACGCGAUGGAGUGGGCUAGAGGAGUAUUCCACAUUCUUCUCCCAUCCUCUUAUUCCACUUUUCUUUUCUUGAGAUGCCUCUUUCUGUCACGAACGUCGUCUCUCAGGCUCUGUCUGCUGCGCAUGCACAGAAGCACUCUGCCUACGGAUACACGCCUACAUUCUAUGUCACUGCCAUCUACGUGGUAUUGUACUUUUUAAGCACUGUCAUUCAUGCGGGACAAGCGGUGUUCUUUGGCACGUACUGGAUGCUCGCGACUGCCUGUCUGUGCGGGGUGGGCGAGACCAUCGGAUGGAUUGGGAGACUAUGGAGCAGCCACGACCCGACGCUGAGCACGCCCUAUAUGAUGCAGAUCACGACCACGAUUCUCGCACCUACGCCACUGGUCGCGGUCAACUUCAUCCUCCUCGGCCGCAUCAUCGUCUGUCUGGGCCCGGGUUACUCACGCCUGAGUCCGAGACUCUACACACGUAUCUUCCUGUCCUGCGACAUCAUUUCCCUCCUCAUCCAAGCAGCGGGUGGGGGCAUCGCCGCUUCAGCACACAAGGCGGCCUCGCAGAAUCUAGGCGGUAACAUCAUGCUCGUGGGGAUCAUCUUCCAGUUCGUCGCCCUUUGCGUCUACUCCGCACUUGCCGUCGACUUCCUGCGCAACUACGCCGCGCGGCGCGUCGUCAAGCCCGCGCAGCACCCCUGCGGUGCCCCCCGCGGAGAGAUCGACGCGCGGCUGCGCGUGCUGCUGUGGGCCAUGACGUUCGAAACGUGUGUCCUGUUCGUGCGCUCGAUCUACCGCACGAUCGAGCUCGCGGACGGCUGGACGGGCCGGGUCAUCACGACGGAGGCGUACUUCAAUGUGUUUGACGGCGCGAUGGUAACGCUGGCAAUCUGGACCUUCAAUUUGGCGCAUCCGGGUUUGCUGCUGCUGCCUGUCCAGCAGACGAACUUCCUGCAUAUGCGGGAGGGGAAAGCCCACGACUCAAUGGAGAUGGACCCGAUUGUCUAGGUUGUGCCUCAGAGGACAUGGCUCAAAGCCGUGCCUGUCUUGGUAUCCGGAGGACCCAUAGAUGCCCGGCAUGGACUCGGAAUGAUCUUCUGCGACAAGCGCGCGAAAAUCUAGCUUACAAUUUUACGCGUUUUUAGUAGAGAUGACCCCUGCAUGUAAACAAUUUGCGUCGGACUGAUUGUUUACCUCUAUGUAUCUUUAUUUCGCAAACAGCUUACUUAUCUCGGAGUGAGCAGCGCGAAGAGCCAAAAUCCCUCAUAAUUUCCCAGCUGCGACCUUUUCCGGUACUAAAUUGAAUCUAUUUGGG